AAAAAAAAGUCCGUUUUGCUUGAGCCCUAUAGACUCUUUUGUCGUCCAUUUGAGAAUAGCUUAACACAAUUGCAUGCAGUUUGGAAAAAAAUUCACCUCUCCAACCAAAUAACUUUUGCCCGCCAUGUUGAUUAAGGAGAGCUUUGCUGAUGUGGAAACAUUGGUCGAUGGCAAGGAAGGCUCGAUGAGAAUCUUCCUGUUCCAUCCCACCAUCGCCGGUUAUCCCAACGCCCGCUUCCCCGGAGUUGUGCUUUUCAGCGAGAUCUACCAGGUUACUGGUCCAGUUGCUCGGUUCGCAAGACAGAUUGCCGGUCAGGGCUACAUCGUGGCCGCUCCUAGCAGCUACCAUGACUUUACCGGCCCCGAGCCUCUGGCAUACGACGUGCCGGGAACCGACAAGGGGAACGAGUGGAAGAUAACCAAGACCCUCGAGUCCUACGAUGAAGACUCGAACCGAUCAGUCGACCACCUCCUCUCGCUGCCCACCUGCACCGGCCGUAUCGGUGCAACAGGCAUGUGUCUAGGUGGACAUCUAGCCCUGCGUGCAAGCCUCGACCCCCGCAUAACCGCCUCGGUCUGCUAUUUCCCCACGGACAUCCACACGCGCACGCUCGGCCCCUACACGGAAGCCAACUCGUCCGCCACGGCGCCCUCCCCCGACAGCCUGCACACGCUGGACCAACUCGCACGGAUCCACGGCGAGGUCUCGCUGAUCUUCGGGGUCAAGGACACGCACGUGCCCGACGCCGGGCGCGACCUGAUCCGGCUCAAGAUGCGCGAGGCCGGGGUCACGGCCAGCUUCCACGAGUUCGCGUGGGCGCAGCACGCCUUCAUCCGCGACGAGCUCAGCAAGGGCCGCUACGACCCCGCCGUCAGCCGGGCCUGCUUCGAGGUGCUGCUCGAGGUGUUUGGCCGCGUGCUGCGGACCGAGCUGGGCGCGCCCGAGGGCGGCGUGCCCGCCGUGGUGCAUGCCUGCUGAGCUACCGAUGGGCGGCUCGCGCGCCGCGUUGGUAGUGGCGGGGUGGGGGUGGUACUGCUGCCAGUUGGCGGAGAGACGUUACUGAUGAUGGCUUGUCUCCUAUCAUAACUGUUGAACGCUGCGAAAGGGCAUGGAGACCCGGGCAACCAAUUCGGUCAGUUCAAAAUGUCAAGUUGGCUCUCUAAAGUUUAUGUUUAUGUCUAUACACACAAAAACAAGACCUGUUGUUGGCCAUGCAACAU